ACAACGUCCAAUGAAAUGACAAAAAGAAACUGAUACGAGAAAUGCCACUCAUGGCUGGCAGAGAGGUAUUUAAAGAGGCGCAGGAGGUUAGCAGGACGCACUCCAGUUACGUCCCUUCACACGCAGACUUGCUCAGAAAAAUCACCAUGCCUUUUAUCAACGACUUCUCUAGCUCCCACGUAGACGCAGGGCACAUGAACGGCUCGACGGCCACCUCCCUGAACGGCACAGCAUCUCUCACGAACGGCUCGAUGGCCUCUGUCGCGAACGGCGCCGCGACCACCAACGGAACGACCGCUGGCAUCGCCAACAGGUCGAGUCACAUGCACGAGAAGGACGUCGAGAAGAUUAAGAAGCAGCUGCGGAACAUGACGGUGGACAAGUCGAGGACUUCGGCGGCGGCAGACCACAAGCCUCCAGCGCGCGAGGACUUGAUUCCCGAGCUGGCCGCCAGCUAUCGCUCUCUCCUGGAGGACCUCGGCGAGGACCCGACUCGCGAAGGACUCCUCAAGACGCCCGAAAGGGCAGCCAAAGCCAUGCUCUUCUUCACCAAAGGAUAUGAGCAGACUGUUCACGACGUGAUGAACGACGCCGUGUUCGAGGAGGACACGGAGGACAUGGUCAUCGUGAAGGACAUCGAGAUGUUUUCCACGUGCGAGCACCACCUGGUUCCCUUCUGGGGCAAGGUGUCGGUUGGUUACCUGCCCAACAAGAAGGUCAUGGGACUCUCCAAGAUCGCCAGAAUCGUCGAAGUCUUCAGCCGUAGAUUGCAAGUCCAAGAGAGGCUGACCAAGCAGAUUGCGGAAGCCAUCGUGGAGGCCGUUCAGCCCGCUGGCGUCGCCGUUGUGGUGGAAGGAACCCACAUGUGCAUGGUGAUGCGCGGCGUUCAGAAGAUCAACGCCACGACGACCACGUCUUCAAUGCUCGGAGAAUUCAGGACCAAUCCGAAGACGCGAGAAGAGUUUCUGUCUCUGCUGAAGUAACUUUGUCUUUCGUACGUGACCUUACCUCGACAGGACAUCCAAGGCAACACUGGAAGCUCUAGCAGGCCUACGAAAAAUGCUGCAGUAUAUGUGUAUAUGUUGUUGUUUUUUCUGAAGAGAUCUCUUGAAACUAAGUCUGUUAUUUUCGCUCAUGUCUGCUGCCUAAGAGGUUGGUUUAGUUGAUGCAAAUGUUGUCAUGGUAAUAUUACACCCAUCUCUUUAUCCCUUUUCCUCUUCUUUUACUUGUACUGUCAUCAAGCCACUUUCUUAACUAUCAAUCAUUCGUUGUCUCAGCAUGAUACAUAUUUAUUUGGUGCUGACGUAUCAUUACGUUGCUCUCUGUAAAAGCACCACAAAGUCAUUUUUGUUUUACAUGUUCAUUUCGUAUGUUUGUGCGAUAAUGUUAUGUAUUGAGUCUUUUGUUUUAUUUCUGCAAUAAUUUGAUGUUUUCUGUCCAUUCCUUUUCAUAACAAAAAAAGGUUUCGAAUGUG